UCCUUCAAAAAAUACAUUAAAAUGAAUCUGCAGAUUCCAUACAUGAUUCCACUUCUCACACUCAUCAUCACACUCCUCUUCCUAAUAAUAAACAAAGCAAUCAGAAAGCCCGGGAAGCUCCCUCCCGGGCCGCGAAAGCUCCCGAUCAUCGGGAACCUCCACCAGCUCGGCAAACGCCCCCACCGCUCCCUCCAAAAACUCUCCCAAAAACACGGCGAUCUCAUGUCUUUACACCUCGGAUUCAGGCCGGUAUUAGUCGUGUCAUCAGCCGACAAAGCCCGUGAUAUCUUCAGAAACCACGACCUCGCCUUCUCGGGCCGGCCCGCCCUCUACGCAUUCACCAAAAUAUGCUACAACCUCUCCUGCGUCUCGACCGCACCGUACGGAGCCUACUGGAGAGAAGCGCGGAGAAUCUUAGUCAACGAGGUGAUGACGGCGAAGCGGGUCGGGUCGUUCGGCAACAUCCGGGCAGAGGAAGUGGCCCGGAUGAUGGACUCCAUUUCGGGCGCUGCUCCGGACCCGGUCGACUUGAGCGCGGCGGUGUUUGCUAUGUCGAACAGCUUCGUCACUCGCGCUGUGUUCGGGGCGGCCGGCGGCAAGGGGGCUGGGAAGGGGAGGAGUUUCAGGGAGAUUUUUGGUGAGUUGCAGAAGCUUGGCGUAGAGUUUAACUUGGCGGAUUAUUUUCCGGGUUUGGGUUGGGUUAAUCGGAUCAAUGGUGUGGAUAGAAGGAUUGCGGAGAGUCUUCGGGAAUUGGAAGGGGUUUUUGAGAGGGUGAUCGGAGAGCAUCGUGAUCGGACGGCGGCGGAUUCCGGCGAAGGGGAUAUCGUUGAUGUGCUGCUUCGAGUGCAGAAGGAAUCUCAGCUCUUGGAUUAUCAGCUUAAGGCUAUGCUCUUGGAUGUAUUUGUGGCGGGAAUCGACACUUCGGUAGCAACAAUCAUAUGGAUAAUGGCGGAACUCAACAAAAACCCAACCGUCAAACAAAAAGCUCAACAACAAGUGCGAGAAAUCGCAAAAGGUAAAUCCAUGGUGGAAGAAUCAGACCUCCCAAAACUCACAUACCUAAAGCAAGUCAUCAAGGAGACAUUCCGGCUCCACCCACCGGCGCCGCUACUGGUUCCCCGAGAAACCAUAGAGCCUUGCGCCAUUGACGGCGGCAAGUACCAUAUUCCCGCCAAAACCAGGGUUUUCUUCAAUGCAACAGCAAUGUCUGAGGAUCCGGCGGUAUGGGAAAACCCUAGGGAAUUCUCUCCGGAGAGGUUCGAGGAUAGCGACGUCGAUUUUAGAGGGCAGCAUUUCGAGCUGCUGCCGUUUGGUGCUGGGAGGAGGGGUUGCCCCGGGAUCAACUUCUCCAUUUCGGUGGUGGAGCUGGUCGUGGCGAAUCUUUUGUUCCGAUUCGAUUGGAAGCUUCCGGAAGGAAUCUCAGCGAAGGAUAUUGAUAUGGAUGAAUCGGUUGGGGUUGUUAUGCAUAAGAAGACUCCUCUUUGCUUAGUAGCUUGCUCAGUAAAUAAUUAGAAGUUGUCCAUGUGUUAAAUGCUAUUGUAACAUAUGCCGAAAAUAAGAUCUGUAAAUAAUGUCAAUGUGUUAAAUGCUAUUGUAACAUAUGCCGAAAAUAAGAUCAAUGUUUUUGUACUUA